UUGCCAAGUGGCCAAGUGGCUGAGUCAGAACUCGGAAUAAUGAUUGUACCAUACUACCAUUCAUUCGAUGACGUUUCAUUAUUGAUGUAUUAAUGUUAAUUACUGAAUUUCUUCACUGUUUGUUUAUUAAAUAAUAAUUUAAUAACUGUAAUUAAAGUAUUUAAAUGAGGACAUUUAUACAUUUAUCAAUACAAUUUAUUAUUUAAACAAAAUCACAAGAUAUCCAAUUGGAAAUUACUAAUUAGCAAUUGCUCAAGUAAAAAUAAAAAAAGAACUACCUCAUUAAAAAUUCAACCAUGCCUGCACCAACAAAAUCAAAUGCAGCGAUGUCACCAGACGGUGGAGCACCACAGCCAGCUGUACCAAAAACUGAACUUCAGGAGCUGCAAAUGAAAGCUGGAGAAGUAACAGAUGAAUCACUUGAAAGUACCAGAAGAAUGUUGGCUCUAUGUGAAGAGAGCAAGGAGGCUGGAAUAAGGACAUUAGUUGCACUCGAUGACCAGGGAGAACAAUUGGACAGGAUUGAAGAAGGCAUGGAUCAGAUUAAUGCUGACAUGAAAGAAGCAGAAAAGAACCUUACUGGCAUGGAAAAAUGUUGUGGAAUUUGUGUACUGCCUUGUAACAAGUCAGCUUCAUUUAAAGAAGAUGAAGGUACGUGGCGAGGUAAUGAUGAUGGUAAAGUAGUCAACAAUCAACCACAGCGUGUUAUGGAUGAACGUAAUGGAAUGGGUGCCCAAGGAGGUUAUAUAGCAAAAAUUACAAAUGACGCACGAGAAAAUGAAAUGGAAGAAAAUAUGGGUCAAGUAAAUACUAUGAUUGGGAAUCUCCGUAACAUGGCACUGGACAUGGGAAGCGAAUUGGAGAAUCAGAAUAGACAAGUUUCACGAAUAAACAUGAAGGCUGGAUCUAAUGAAACAAGAAUUUCAGUGGCAAACCAACGAGCACAUGAAUUGCUCAAGUAAUUUGACACGCAAAGUAUGGCUAGGAUAACAGCAAUUAUACUACUACGGCUAUUUGUUUUAAUUUAUUGCUACAGCUAUCAGAAAUUUACUCUUUUUUUAAUUUGAUAAUUCUUCAAAUUGUAUUUAAAAAAAAAAAUAUAUAUAAUUUAUUUAUCGUGAA